AAGAUCAGUUAGAAAUUAAACGAACAAUAUGCCAUAAGUUAGCUGAACUAACAAAUGAGGAUCAAAGAAGUAUUGAAUUAUGGUUAGCAAUAGCAAAAAGCAAUACUACUGAAGUACAAAAGCUAACUGCUGAAGGAAUUGAUUUUAAUCAUGCAUUAUUCAUGAAUACUACUCCUUUAAUACAAGCAAUAGCAACAGGCAAUACUACUAUUGUAUCUGCAUUACUUUCAGGAAAUUCAGAAAAUAUCGACAUUAAUAAAACCGAGCAAGAUCAAGCUUCUCCGUUAUAUUGUUCUCUAGGUUACCUUGGGCAACCAGUAAAUAUGGCUAUAGUUAAACUAUUAUUAGACAAUGGUGCUAGGGUUAAUCAACCAUUGUAUGAUGGCAAUACUCCUAUGCACAUGGCACAUUAUAAUGGGAACAUAGAAGCUAUAAAAUUGUUACUACAGCAUGAAGGUAAUAUUAAUGCCCAAAAUGCUGAAGGCAAGACACCAUUACAUUAUUUGUUAGAGGGAAAGGAUAUUAACUUAGAAACUAAGCUAGAAAUAAUACAAACUUUUAACCAACUAUACGAUGUGACUCUUAGGGAUCAAGACGGCAAAAUAGUAACAGAUUAUGCUUCUAGUGAAAAUUGCCCGGAAUCAUUGUCCUUACUUAUUAAUGAGUUAUUGGAUACUAGUCCUGUUAGCACUAGUGUAAAUAUGGAUGAUAUAAAUGUAGCUGCUUGCUGAUGUUGACUUAUCUAAAACAAAUUUGAAUUCACCUAGUCCAAAAUAAGAUAAACACUUGACGUGAACGGACCUGCUUUUGUAAACUAAAUUAAAAAUAGCUAAUUUUUCCGUUUCUCAAAUUAAAGACCUAUUAGAUAUUUAUAAGAAUACUUUAUUAAAAAUAUUUAACCAGAAGUUUGAUAAAAUGAAAAUUAAGCUAAGGUCUCCGCCGAUCUCCUAGUAAACAAAGGAGAUUGGUGGAGUUUCUUAGCAAGAAAUAUGAAUUAAUUGUUUAAGAACAUUCUAAAGUAAAAAAAACUCGAUAUCAAACCAAAAUGGUAUAACAAUCAUUGUUGUGAAAGACUAAUUAGCUGAGUUCGAAGUCAGGAGCAGAAGGAAUAACCUAAGGUUUGCGGGAAUUGAAGAAGGCGUAAAUGAAACAUGGGAUUUGAGCGAGGUAAAGAUUCAAAAUGUUUUAAAGACAAAACUUGGUUUAAAAAGUAUUGUUGAAAUUGAAAGGGCGCACAGGACAUGGAAAAAAAGUAGCGAUGAAAAAAAGUACGACAGAACCAAGAUAGUAUAAUUUUUGAACUACAAUGAAAAAAAAAAAUGCGUUGGAUAAUUAUGUUCAUUGAAAUUCUGUAACGAUCGGCUUGGCGUAAACGAAGUCUUAAGCGAAAAAUCUAAAGAUUUAAGAGCAAAAGGUAAAUAUGGUAAAGUUGAAUAUAAUAAACUUUUAAGGCGUGACUUUUAAGAAAUUCUUUUAACUUAAAGUUAUUAUAUUUUCUU